UUGGACUUCACAAUUCACGAUUUCUCAAUUAUUCCUGACAGAUAUACUCGUUUGAAUAAUCGUGAUCACCUUGGUGAAUUGGUGCGAGUCGGUGAAAAUAUGAAGUUUGAAUAUGGAACGGCUGGAUUUCGUACAAAUGCCAAAUAUAUGCCUUUUAUAGCUUUUCGAAUGGGAAUAUUGGCUGCUGUACGUGCUAGGAAUUUGAUGAAUAAUACGGGCUUAAUGAUAACUGCCUCUCAUAACCUGGAAGAAGAUAAUGGAAUUAAAUUAAUCGAUCCAACUGGUGAUAUGUUGGAGGAAACAUGGGAAACUAUUGCAAAUAACUUUGGAAUGGUAACUUCUGUUUACAGCAAAAAAUUAAAUAUUGAUUGUGCGAAUGGUGUUGGAGGAACUAAAUUUAAAGAAAUAAUGGUUUUGGCUAAAGGUUUAUUUGAAAUAAAUCUUUGCAAUAUUGAUGGACCUCUUAAUUAUAAAUGUGGCGCGGAUUACGUGAAAAUUGCUCAAGAUUUUCCCAUCAAUAUGGAAAAUAUACCAAUCGCGGAACGUUGUGCAUCGUUCGAUGGUGAUGCUGAUAGAAUCGUUUAUUUCUUUCGUAAUAAAAAUAAUAAAUUUCAACUUCUUGAUGGUGACAAGAUUGCUUCAUUAAUAGCAAUCGCUGAAGCAAAUUUGGAAAAAAAAUGUACGAUUGGUGUUGUGCAAACGGCUUAUUCAAAUGGAAGUUCUACGAAGUUCUUGACUGAGGAAUUGGGUCUACCAGUAUCAAUCGUUCCAACGGGAGUAAAAUAUUUGCACAAAGAAGCGCAUAAGUUUGAUGUUGGUAUAUAUUUUGAAGCAAAUGGUCAUGGAACUGUUUUAUUUUCCGAGCGAUUUUUAAGUGAAAUUCAUUCUAACACUUCAAAUCAAUCGGUGUGCAAUUUAAAAUAUUUUGUAAAAAUAAUUAAUUCGGUUGUGGGUGAUGCAAUGGCCGAUUUACUAAUUAUUGAAAGCAUACUUAAAUAUUAUGAUUGGUCUAUAGAAGAUUGGGCAUUAAAAUUAUAUGUUGACCGCCCUAGCUGCCAGAUCAAAGUUAAAGUUCGUGAUCGGUCUAUAUUCAAGACGACUUAUGAUCAGUUAACCUGCCUUUCGCCUGAAGGCAUACAGAAAUUUAUCGAUGAAAAAGCUGUAGAUGGCUCAAGAUGUUUCAUUCGUCCAUCCGGGACAGAAAAUAUAGUGCGUGUUUAUGCUGAAGCUUCAACUGAAGAAAAAGCUAAAGAAUUGGCUGAUUUGGUUGCCAAAGAGGUUGGACGUAUUGCAGCGGAUCAUAAAUAA